GGAAGAUCAUGUGUGGAACAAGAGCAAUAUCUCUUACAUCUGGACUCCACUAGUUUGCGGAGAAUGCCAGAUGCCGCUUUGAAGGUCAAGACAAGCAAUGAUUUCGCUGCUGCGCUUGUCAAGGAUGAAUUGAAACAUCUCAUUCCUUCGGCUGAAGGGUCAAAGAAUUCCGCCUGGUGCUUCUGGUGGUGGUACCAAUCCGCCAGCGAAGUGAGCCAUUUUUUUCCGGCAGUCGUUUUCACGAUGCACUUUGUUUAUUGCGCUUGUCUCUCUGGAUCAACUGGCCCCAGUGUAAUAGGAUUUUCUAAGCUAGCUUAAUCAUGAUGGAGAGGUUUUGUUUCCUAAUAGAAGUAUGCACCAAUCAUUGUCCCAAGUUUAGUGCAAAAACAUUCAUUCAACCCGGAAAACAUUAAGCUACUUAGCACUGAGAACCACUACUCACGCAACUAUCAUCAAGGCGAACUUGUGUUGGUGGGGAAAAAGAGAGACAGCGGGUCCCUGGAAGCACAAAACAGGCGUCCUUGGGACGAGAUUCAAUAGUGCGAGUCGAAAUCUCGAAGCUCUCGUCGAUCGUCGCCGACUGUGUGCUCCUGCUUCAGCAGCUCCCGGAUAUGAUCCUCUGGAAAAGACAAAGACGGAACGUUCAGGAAGAGCCGCAGGAAGGCUCCCCGGAGGAAGCAGCAGCAGCAGCAGCAGCAGCUCAGGGAAGCAUGUCUCGAGCCAAAGUACACGUUCCCAGGAACUUUAGAUUGCUCGACGAGCUGGAGCGAGGAGAGAAAGGACUGGGCGAUCCCGCGGUGAGCUUAGGAAUGGACGACGCCGACGAUUUGCUCAUGUAUUCCUGGCGAGGAACCAUCCUGGGCCCUUACGACUCUGUUCACGAGGGUCGCAUCUACCAGCUCAAGCUUUACUGCGACGAUGACUACCCGAGCAAGCCCCCGAGCGUGAAGUUCCAGUCAAGGAUCAACAUGACGUGCGUGAAUCAGGAAACUGGACUGAUUGACAGCAAGAGCUUUGCGAUGCUUGCGGACUGGAAGCCGGACUUCACGAUGGAAGAUGUGUUAACGCAGCUGAGAAAAGAGAUGGCCGCCAGCCACAACAAAAGAUUGCCACAGCCAGCCGAGGACAGCAUCUUCCUCUAGCCAGGAAAACACGCAAGUGCUCUUCGCAAACACCCGCUCGCUGCCCGGGAUCUUCUAGAAAUCUGACUCUUUGGCCCUUUUAUAUUAUUUCUCUCGCUUUCUCUCUCUCUGUGUUUCCCUGCGAAGAACACCACACCACCACCAGCACCACUGUGGCGAAUCAGAUCUUUUUGUGGGGAGGAAAAAGCCUGUCCUACAAACCAUACGACAAAUACCUCCUAUUUUA